UUCUUCUCACUCUAUAUAACACAUUCAAGGAAUUGUUAUUAUAUUGCGUUCUAAAAAGCAUCCGAAAUUUUUAAAUGUUCUAAAAAAGAGAUUUUUGCAAAAUUUUACCAUUUCUUCUUCUAUUACCUUUUAUUUUAAACACGUGAUAUUUGAUUAAAUGUUCCAUUGUUUUGUGGUUUUUUUUCUUUAAAAAAUUAAUUAAUUUCUUUUUUGCAGUAAAAGCAGAUUAUAUUAGUCAUAAUGAUACUUUUAGGCGAAACAUUCCCAAAUUUUACCGCAGAUACGCAAAAUGGUAAAAUUAAUUUUCACGAUUGGCUUGGUGACUCUUGGGGUAUAUUGUUUUCACAUCCAAAUGAUUUCACACCUGUUUGCACUACAGAAUUGGCAAGAGUUGCCAAAUUAAUGCCAGAGUUUAAUAGAUUAGGCAUUAAAGUUAUUGCAUUGUCAUGUAAUUCUGUUGAUUCUCAUCACAAAUGGAUUGAGGACAUCAAAAGUUAUGGAGAAAUAACUGAUGAAGAAUUUCCAUAUCCUAUAAUAGAGGAUGAAUCUCGCCGAUUAGCGACGAUGCUUGGUAUGUUAGAUCCAGCAGAGGUAGAUAAUCAAGGUCUACCUCUGUCAGCUCGAGCUGUUUUCAUAAUAGACCCAUCCAAGAAAAUGCGUCUUUCAAUUUUAUAUCCAGCGACUACUGGAAGAAAUUUUGAUGAAAUAUUACGCGUCAUUGAAUCGCUUCAUUUAACUGACAAAUUUAAAGUUGCAACCCCUGUCGAUUGGAAGAAAGGAGAAGAAGUUAUGGUUCAGCCAACUGUCACCGAAAAUGAAGCAAAAGAAUUAUUUCCAACUGUAAAGACUGUUAAUCUUCCAUCCGGGAAAACGUAUUUGCGAAUUGUAUCGCAGCCAACAUGAAAAAAUAAAGUGGGAUAAAAAACCCUUUUUCAUAUAUAUGACAAUGUAGUUAAUAUAAUAAUAAACGAAAUAUAUCAUUAAGAUUCGUGAUGUUGUGACGGUUGUUACAAAAUUGAAUAUCGAACAUGGAUGCUGCAAGCUACCAAUUUCUUCUGAUCGAAGGUCAAUAUACUAAAUAAAAUGGAAGUCUUGGCGCUUGGCAUUUGCAAACAACAAAAGAAGCUGUUUAUUAUUUCAUCUAAUGUAAUUAAAAGUACAUUGCGUUAUUAUAUACACUUCUUCAAGUACACAGUUUA